AUGGCUACCAAUGAAAAACUGGGCAUAUUACCGAUCCCAGGUGAUGUUCGGGAUUCAAGCGGAAUGGCCCCAUUUGUCGACAUCGCUGAUUCCACCCAAAAGCCACCAAAGCACAAAUUCCUUGCAGAAAUGCAAGGUACACACAAAGCCAUCCUCCCAGUCCACACAUCAUCAGAGAAGGGGCUUUUCCGAACCCUGAUGGAGAACGACCGACAUUUCAACCCGCCGGAUGGCUCCCUCCCAAACUGGAACCAAGCUACAAGGGUGUGGAAUGCAUGGGCUGAUAGAACUGACGAUGUAUGGUACAAGCUCAAUGACCAACUGAAAGUCUACCACUCACAGUGGCUGAAGAACUCCGACACCAAGGAAGCUCUCUCCAUCUCCUUCAAUGUUCGGAAACCACUCGCAAACGCUAUUCACGAUAGCCGACGAUCAGCCGCUGCCCCCGCAGUACCAUGCCAAACAUCCAAGCCACAUGCAGCAGAAAAGGGGUUUCUCAGCGGAUGGGAUAUGCCCCUUCUGGACCAACCGUCAUCGUCAAACGGAAACCUCACUAUCAGCCGAGUAUCCAGCAGUAGUCCCAUCCCUUCAACAUCAUCACAUGCCGCUCCAUCCUCAGUCUCAAACUUUCGGGAAUUCCAGCCAUCAUAUCACAUAGCCUCGCGCCCUCUGAGUCCACACAUGCACUUGGCCCACCAGUCUACUGCAUCACGACCAUCCUCCAACUCUCCCAGCUAUCAACAACCCACUAUUGCCUCAGCAUCUCAAAAUAUGGCAUUGCCACCUCGAAAUCCGAUGUCGGCCACAAGUGUUGCCUCUUCGGUGGCUCAAAAACGUGUCGCAGCGUCGUUGGCAAUGCAAGAGCCCGCAGCAAAAAAGCCAAGGAAGCGUCGAACUUGUGCAAAGUGUGCACGACCUGAGUGUCCUGGCAGCCAGAAGGUCCUGAAUUGCCGUAAUCCGUGUCGUGAUUGUGGUUUGGUACAAUGUCGAGGGAGGAAUUCGAAGCGACCGAAUGAGUUGUGCCACUUGCGCGACGACUAA